AUGUUGGCAGCAUUGCUAAAAGAAAACUACGCAUCACUAAAGGAAGAUUUACAAGAAAUUAGAGAAGAGGGAAGAAUAUCCCGAGAAUCAUUAGAGAAGAGUUCACAAGAAACAAGAGAAUCACUAAAAGGUUUACAAGAAGCUAACGCAUCGUUAGAGAAGCGUUUACAAGAAACUAACGCAUCGUUAGAGAAAGGUUUACAAGAAGCUAGAGAAAGGGAAGAAAUAUUCCGCAAAUCAUUAAAGGAAGAUUUACAAGAAACAAAAGAAAGCUUGGAGUCAUUUAAAGAAACUAUAGCACAAGAGAUCAAAACAUCGCAAAUGAAGAUAGAAUAUAAUCUGAAGAAGGAAAUGCAGGAGUCACAAGAACGACUGAAGAUGGACAUCGACGAGAGAGAGAGGAAGCUGCAGAAGAACGUAGACCAAGUCCAGGAAGACGUGGAGAAGAUGAAAGGAAAGUUAAUAAAGAAGAUAGAAGACGAUGUUGAAGAAACCAAAGCCGAGUUGAGAGAAAGGAUCGCCGAGGUGACGCAGAUGCAGAAACAGUGCAAUGAUGCAGUUAAGGGGAUAGGAGAUAGGCAAAACCAACUGGCUGUCAAUCUGAGAAAUGCUAUAACCGUGCAACGAGAAGAGGAUAACGAGAGGGUUGCAAUGGAGAUCAGGCAAUUACAACAGGGAAUGCGACAACUGGAGAGCAAAACCGAAGAAAUUAAUAAACGAAUUAGCAAUGCCACCUUAACCGUUGGGGAAGGUAGAGCUGUUACCUUGAUGAGCAGUGAGAAUCGGCACGUCCAAAAUAAUACAGGGCAGAAGUUUAAACCGAAAGGAGGGUUACACCAAAUGAUAUUUAUGAAAUGGUUAAAAGGAGUUUUCCCAGCACAUUUUAACGACUCCGACAAGAUUCAAUUUGCAAUAGAUAGAAUGGAAGGUGAGGCCUUCACUUGGGGAGUCAGGAAGAAGGAAGGGACUACUAGUUUUGAUCAGUUUGAAGAGGAAUUCUUGAAGAAAUACUGGUCCAAAAGUCAUCAGUGUGCAGCAAUUGAGGACCUACUCCACCGCAAGUCACUUAGUACAUGGAGAACGUUGAGAGAGUUUGCCGAACAUUUGUGGGAAUUGAACGAGACCUUGGAACAACCCCUGAGUGAUGACGUAAUGAUAUCAGCGAUAAAAAGAAGAUUGAGCCGGAGAAUGCAAGAGACUGUAUCCGGGAGCCUAAUUAAAAAUAGGGAGGCCUUGAUGGAGAUACUGGACCAGUUGGAAUCUGUUCGAUCACAGGAACACCAUCAAGCUAAUGAUCGAAACCGAGAAGGAAGUAAUGACCCAAGGAAUCAUUUUAAUCAUUCAUCUGAUUAUAGAGGAAGAGGUGGAGGAACCGAAAAAAACUGA